AAGGAGCUUGCAUAGGGCGUGAGAGCCUGACAACGAAAUCAUUCCUACGUAUUUCCGGUUCCUGUGCGUAAGGUCCUUCAAGGAAGGACAUGCUCAGACAGUUAUGAAAGUCUAGCAUAAGUAACUGCGGCGUGCUGACAUAAUGGAGGAACCCGCGGCUUUCGAACGGCUUGUGUACAAAAAUGCUUCAAAUUUCCACUAUAUGAAGAUUUGUCUAGUAUUAGAGAAUGGAAGCAGAAACAUUGAGGCUGCCCAGUUCAAACAACUAAUCGUCUCGGGUCUGAGACAGCUGUAUGGAGAGGUUGGGGCGGCGUUCCCAUUUGACCUGCUGAAGUUUGAUCCAGGUACACUGACAGGCAUACUCCGUGUCUACAACAGUGGCCUUGUGAAGUUGUGGAGUGCCCUGACCUUAAUAGGAUCCUACCAGAAUGAACUGUGUGCAGUCAGAGUCACUCAGGUCUCUCCAUUUCUUUUAGCAUUGUCUGGAAACAGCCGUGAACUGGAACUUGACCAAGCUUCACCUACAGGUGAAAAACUGCUCUUGACCUAGCAUCAGAAAGAGGUGGACAUGAACGUCAUUUUAAGGAGAGAUGUUUUCGUCAAACACAUGUGCCGCACAAUUAACUUGGCUUGGUGUGGCAAGAGAAAGCCUCCUUUGACACAGGCUUGUAGUCAACGCCUACUAUAU